UCAGUCUGUGACCUUUUGUAACAAUGCGUUACCUGAUUCUAUUUAUUUUGGUCUGCUCCGGAACUCUCCUGUCAAUAACACUCAUAGACUACUACCAACACCAAAGAGAUGAGUUCCUGGACUCAGUCCAGAAGAGUUUGCAGUGCAGGAGACUGCAAAAGAAACUGGUGACCAUGACUACUAUGAAACAAGUAGACAUUAGAUUGUUCUCUCAGGAGGUGAGAGAGCUGAUGGACUGUCCUUGGAGACUCAACCUCACACACAGAGAACUACACAGGACAGAGUUGUGGUCAUGCUGUAACGCAUCUGAAAGGCUGAUGGUGACCAGACAGAACACCAAUCAGAACCAGAGUCUGACUUAUGAUGCAGAGAGGUGGAGGAAGAGAAAGGUGGACCAAGCACUAUGGGAGAUGCUGCCUCAGACUGUACCCUGGAGGAAAGGUUCGUUGAGCCGUUGUGCCGUGGUGGGAAGUGGAGGAAUCCUGCAGAACAGCAGCUGUGGAGCGGAAAUAGACAAUGCUGACUAUGUCAUCAGGUUUAACCUGGCUCCUAUCAACAAGAGUUGUGACGUGGGAGUGAAGACAGACCUCAUAACAGCCAACCCUUCCCAGAUCAUUAAAGGGUACCCUAACCUCCAGCGGAACCCUGGACCCAUGGCGGAUCGCCUGUCAGUCUACGGUCACGCCCAUCUACUUCUCCCAGCCUUCUCCUUUGGCUAUGGGACCACCUCCUGCUUCAAUGUGUACCAUGCCCUCCGUAAGGCCCGCCCCCAACAGGAAGUGGUGUUCUUCCACCCAGACUACCUGUUUGAGCUGGGCAGGUUCUGGCGUCGUCACAGGCAACGAGCCCCACGGAUCUCUACUGGUCUGAUGCUGACCAGCACCGCUCUGGAGAUCUGUGAACAGGUUCAUCUGUACGGCUUCUGGCCCUUCCCUCUGGAUCUAUCCCAAAAUACUUUGCCCCAUCAUUACUAUGACAACGUUGGUCCGAGUCGCAACAUGCACGCCAUGCCUGAAGAGUUCCUGCUGUUACUACAACUCCACAGCCAGGGGGCGCUACAGCUACAUGUUGGACCCUGUACACCCUAACAAGCGGAUGGUCGGGGGGGCAGGAACAUAAUUAUAAUAAUUUGUACAGUGCAAAUUGACCACAACUAAACCCAAGAGGUUGUAUUUGAAAAUAACAGUAAUUUCAUACUUUGAUUACAUUGAGACAUGAUCACGUCUCUUUUAUUCAUGGGAAUACUUCAGAACAGAUUUUCUAAAUUAAACAUUUUUUUUUUGCUUAAUUCCAGGUGAUUGUAGUAUUUUUUGACCAAACAGUAAAUAUACAGUACCAGUGAAAAGUUUGGACACACCUACUCAU